GGCUCUUGGCCGAUUGGUGUUCGGAAUUUACAAAUGCUGUAUUAUAAAAUAUUUUAAUUAUCUUUAUAUAGUGAAUGACACAUUUCACGACACAUCAAGAUUGCAUCUAAAUUUUAUUACUGAAGAUUGCUACAGUUUACAGGUGAGGCUCUGCCUAGUUAUUUAACAUUUUGAACUGAGUGAAACAGUUAUGAACAAGUUUAUCACUUGAAUGUGUGGAAUUUUAGUAUUUACCAUAUCACUCUAUUUCAAUUUCACUAGGGAGAUCCUACCAUCCUCGCGGAAUUUCAGAGUCAUGUUGCUGCCAGUAUUAGUACUUCAUGUAACUGCCCAUUCUCUGAGAAUCACAUUCGAUCUUAAUCACAGUAUUAGCUUGAAAUGUCAUGACAGAAUUUCCGGGUCUCUUUACUUGCGUAUUACUGAUGUUGAACAAUAUCAGACUGAGGAACUUAUCUGUAUUCAUCAACUUUAUCUGACGAACAAGAAAAACGCGGCGAAUUUAGGUGAGUUUCUACGAGAUUCGAAUGUUGCACAAAGAACAUGGAGUUUAGAUACACAUUACGAGGGAUAUGAUGAUCUAUCACCAUGGGCGUACCGGGCGGGUGUGGGUUGGCGGAGGGGGCGGCAGCCCCCCCAGUUUGUUGGGCAAAAAAAGCCAGUCGGGCAAUAUUCGCUUCACAGUAGGGCAAUAUUGGCUUACUAUAAAAAUAAAUGGGACAAAUUCUGUCAAUUUUGUGGGAAACUUUGUCAAUUUUGUUGGAAAUAUGCUAUCUAAUAGGAAUUUUUCGUAAUCAUUCCUCCCCUCCCCGUCGACAACAAUUUUGGAAAGUUUCUCCGGAAAUUUUUUUUGACAACGCUGGUACAAUCCGAAAAAGUCGGGCAAAUUUCUUUCCGCCCCCCUAAUUUUUUCCUUCCCGUACGCCCAUGUCUAUCACCACAAAUUUCUUUUAACAAUCGCAUGUAUGCCUAAUAUUAUAACUCUCCCAGUAUGGUGCUGCAAAGAGCCUGGGUACAUGGUUGAUUGUGCUGGUGUUCUGUUUGCUUUUAUUGACGUUUCACAGCCAACAUAGGGUAGGCAAACACCAGAUUUGGGUUAAAUCGUUCGGGUAAUUUUUCCCUUCUCAUAUUUCUUUCUUAAUUUGUGAAAGAAAAAUAUAAUUUUACGUUAAAGUUGCGGUGCAGUCCAUUUGCACGUGUCAGUUUUGUUUAGUUUUACUGUAUCACGAGCUGGAGACUCCAAUUACACCUGUGUAAAACGCACUGUACCGCAUCUUUAACAUUAUCUUCUUAAUGCCUUACACUUAAUAAAAAGUCUCAUGGAUUUGGAUUUGUCAGAACUCUGAACCCGCACUGACAAAACCCCCGACAACAGUUUCUGCAUGCUUUCCCUGGAUCAGGGGGUUAGUUGUUUCGCUCCCACAGUAGCCUAGAUUGUGCUCGAUCAAAACGCGACAUUUCAAUGAGCGAUGACUCAAAAGCAUCUGCAUAAGAUCCCAUAAGAAACUUGUGCAUAUACUUCAGAGUUCAGCGAUGGACGCAAAACAUUUUAAGAGAUGCUACCUGUAUGGUGUUGAUCACAACCGAUUUGAGUGUCUUUGCUAGUCACAUGCUUUAAUCCAUAUAGUAUAUGUUUUCAAAUACUAUUCGCAAAACUCGUAAUCAUAUAUGUAAAAGGAAAUGUGGUAUAAUUAUGUAAUAUAUAUGUAGAUUAGGUAUCAUGUGAUACAGGCGAUGUAUAAAAUGACCACACCUAGCAGAAAUUGCACCAGUUGGCGUGAAUUCCUUCAGGAGACACAAAUCUGACCGAAAGACAAAACACCCCAAAGAGAAAUUCGUCCAGUUCGGGCGUUUCUGUUGCCACGCAACCUUCCACAUCUGUUCAGACCCAUAUUUUCAUCCCAAUACCUUCAUUGAACUGAACAGAUGAGGCGAGUGUUGCUGAAUAGAUUACUUUUCUUCGGUCUUAGGUACUUGUGUCCAGCUAUGGUAGUGUUAGGCCAGGAAUUAGGGUUAGGGUAAAUGUUAAUGUAUAUAUUUUGUAUUGGGCAACAGAAAUUACAUAAUCACGACGUGACAGACGUCAUGAGGGUUUUGUCGCCAACUAACUAUAUUUGGUACCCUGGUUCCAGAGGUUUAUUUUUAUUAUUUUCAUUGCGAAGGGGAGAGGAAAUAAAAAUAAACCUCUGGAACCAGGGUAUAUAUUUGGUCACUCUCAGCCUCAUCUUCUCAGUGUUUUGGAGAUGUUACGUACCAGUUGACUAAGUACAAUGAUUGCGUGUUGCCAUUUAAUGUUUUGAUAAGCACUUCAGAUAACAAGACACGUGAAGUUGAUGUCGUGUACAAUAAAGGUAGAUGUACUCAAAUAAAUGGAAUGCUCAACAAAAAAUCAGAAGAUGAUGGUGGUGGUACAAUUGCAUUGACUAUAGGUCUUGUACUGUCUCUUGUCGGCUUGUUUACUGCAUCAGUUGUUGUUUUCCUCAAGUGGAGGAAGAAAUCUGGACCAACAAGGAAAGAAAAAAAGAGGUAAGUUUUUAAUUUAACUUAUUGGAGUAUAAUGCAUAUAGUUUGCAUUGUUAUACAUAUUAUUUAUAAUUAUAUAAUACCUUAUUAAAUUCUGAUCGUUUAAUUGGCUGUUUAUGGUCACGUGAUCUUGGAUAGAAAAUUCCAUUUCCCAAGAGUGCAAUGGAAUACUUCCAUUGCACUCUUUGCGAGUGCAAUUGUACUAUACGUUUCAUUCACGUUCAUUCGUUUCAUUUCGUUUCAUUCCAUUGCACUCUUUGUGUUUUCGAUAAAUCGCAUCCGUCAAAAUGCAGGGACGCCGAAAAGUCGAUAAUUGGGGGGAGGGGCAGAUAUUCAUAUAUUCAUGUUCUGCAUCAUUUAUUUCCUUUGAAAGCGAUUGUUUUUACAGUCUGUGAACAUGAAUAUAUGAAUAUCUGCCCCCCCCCCCAAUUAUUGACUUUCCGGCGUCCCUGUCAAAAUGCUCCUCAUACGAAUCUAUAUUAGUCUAUUUUGGUAUUAUAUAAAACAAAUAAUGAAUGUUUAUUCGUGCAAUGGUAAGAAUAUUUUCAUUCAGUGAAAGAUGGAAUGUUCCAUUCAACUCGGCUGUCACCUCGUUGAAUGGAACAUCCCAUCUUCCACCUCAUAAAAAUAUUCUUACCAUUGCAGUCAUAAACAUUAUUUGUAUAAUGUCACAUGCAUUCAUGUAUUAAAUUUGUUUACCCAUGCAGCCCGGAAGAGUAGGACAAGUUUCUCAUCCAAUUUCUAUCCAAAUAUAAUUCGAUCCAUUUUUCCUUGCCCUAUAUAUGGCCAUUAGGUCGUAUUGAAAUGCUCAAUACUUUUUAGUUAACCAAACUAACAAAUUACUCACACCAUUUUUUCUCCUUUAGUGACGACAAAAAGUUGGUAGACACAAUCAAUCUUGACUUGCUUUCUGCCGUUGCACCAACACCAAAGUCUUUGUAUAGAACUAGUGCUGGAGCUCACAGGAAUUAUGGAUACACAAGUCACAACCUUGAUCCUGUCGAUAUCAAGUCGAAACGUGUUUAGUUUUGUCUGUCUAUCAUCAUUAAAUGUAACACAUUGUAUAUUGUAGGAUUAGUGGAACAGUAGCACCGAGUUGUACAGGGUGUCUAAAAAAACGCUAUGCAUGGAAAUUCAACUGGCUGUCGUGCAUCAUGCUAAACAAUUCAAUUUUUAAAAAGGACGAAAGAACUGUUAUUUAGCUGUUCAAUGACACCUUUUUAAAUUGUAACCAUGAGCAAUGGCCACAUAUAUACUCGUCAAAUAAAAAUUGCCGGUCGAAAACCACAUUCUUCCACCGUUUGGGAAUUGAAACUACAUUAAUUAUGCAAAUUAGUUAAUCAAUCCAAAAGCAACGCGAGUCUGCUGCAAGCUAUUUGUUUCGUAAACUUUUGAUUACGAAUGUUCUCUGUUCAUGAGUGGUUAAUCGAACCAUGUUUAUUGGACGUUCUUAUUGUCUCACUAAGACGAAGAUUGACGAGUUGAGCUCAUUUUAGAUAAUUUAACAUUCAAUUUUAAUUCCAUCUUGGAAAUUGUCUAUGUUUCGUUUUCCAUGCAAUUCCCAACGGUGGAAGAAUGUGAUUUCGACCGGCAAUUUGUAUUUGACGAGUAUGUGACCAUUUCUCAUUCUUACGAUUUAAAAAGAGUAUCAUAAAUUGAUCUGAUAUACAAACUCGAGCCGAAGGCGAGAGUUUGUAUAUCACUAUAUCAGAUAAAGAUCGAUUGUAAAAAUUGAAUUGUUUAGCCGCGUUUAUGAUGCACGACAGCCUGUUGAAUUUCCAUAGCGUUUUUUUAGAUAGACCCUGUAUAUACUCGGCAUUGAUCUAAAAAAGAACGGCAACGCUAUAUAUAUACUUACCUCAGAUCAGAAUUGAAUAUUUUGCUAACUAUAAAAUUUAUAAUGGGGAUAAAUUGAAAGCGCGGUAAUGUCCGAUAUAUACCAGGAUAUAUACUGUUUAUGUAAAGCGUUCUUAUAGUUUUACUCUAUUGAGUUACCUGCAUAUAUUACGACAUCAGAUAAUUUGUUUAUGGAAAAAUAAAUGCUCUAGACAAAGUGUAUAAAAGGCCUCAAUCGUAGGUUCAAUAGCGUUCCAGUUCUUUUUAGUUCAGUUUCGUACUUUUCAUUGUAUAUCAUUGUUUGGAACUAAUUGGGACCUUCAAGAAAUCCCAGAGAACGUAUAGCAGAACCUUGGUAAUAAUGUAUAGAGUACAUGAAUAAUGAUAUGACGCACCUCGUGGAAAUCGGCGUACCGUUGACGAGGUUAGCGUCUUUAAAUAAAGUUUUAGAUAACAUACAUUACAUAUACAUGAAAAUGUAAAAUAUCGAUUAAUUUUAUUUGUAAUAAGCAUGUAUGGUAGAAUACAAG